AGUCAGGUCCUCAGCUACCCGGUAGAGCCGAGCAGUGUUGACAUCCCUGGGAACACUAAGUAAAUCUUAAAAUAAAGAGCCUUCAAAAUGGGAACUCGAGAUGAUGAAUACGACUACCUGUUCAAAGUUGUUCUAAUAGGAGAUUCGGGUGUGGGGAAGAGUAACCUGCUGUCCCGUUUCACAAGAAAUGAGUUUAACCUGGAGAGCAAGAGCACCAUUGGGGUAGAAUUCGCCACCCGGAGCAUUCAGGUGGAUGGAAAGACGAUAAAGGCUCAGAUCUGGGACACAGCUGGACAAGAACGCUACAGAGCAAUCACCUCAGCCUAUUAUCGUGGUGCCGUCGGGGCCCUCCUAGUUUACGACAUCGCCAAGCACCUGACGUAUGAGAACGUUGAGCGCUGGCUGAAGGAGCUGAGGGACCAUGCCGACAGCAACAUCGUCAUCAUGCUGGUCGGAAACAAGAGCGACCUCCGCCACCUGAGGGCCGUGCCCACUGAUGAGGCUCGGGCCUUUGCAGAAAAAAACACUCUGUCAUUUAUUGAAACUUCAGCUUUGGACUCCACCAAUGUAGAAGAAGCCUUCAAGAACAUUCUCACAGAAAUCUACCGUAUUGUAUCUCAAAGGCAAAUCUCAGACAGAUCUGGACAUGAUGAUUCUCCCGGCAACAACGUCGUGGACAUCAGCGUCCCCCCAACCAUGGACGGGCAGAGGGGCAACAAACUCCCUUGCUGUCAAAGCCUGUGACCCUGAAAUCUUUUCCUCUUUCCUGUCUUCAUGUUCACUCUUAUUCGGCUGUAAAGCUACUCUACGUAUGCCCUCUUUGUUUCACAAGUCUCAGACAUCAAGACUCUUAAACUUGUCAUUCCUUUUUGCUGUUUUUCUUCUUUGUUUGCCUUCCUUUGAUUUCAGAGGAACCUGUUUCAAAUACAUUGCAGCCUCAGGGUAGCCAGAAGGAGUGGAGUGAUAUUAGGGGCUGAAGCUGUAGUAAACUACAAUCCUUUUUUUAAUUUACUAGAUGAUGAUUCUGUUGACCCACUCCUUUUGAGGGACUGGCGAGGGAUCCCUAGGGUUGAUUCUCAAUGCUCCAAGCUGUGUCUACUUGUCUCAUAUUCUUAGCCUGCACAUAGAUGAGUGCCAUGAUCCGUCACAGUGGAAACUCAUCAUUUCACGUGUGAUUGGCUUGAUUCUGUCUAUCCUGCUGUAGGAUAGGAGAACAAGGUACAUUUGGAGUACUGAUGUGUGGUCUGGAGUUUCUGGUUGCUAAUUUGAGCCCUUUGCCCACUCUGGCAUGAAAUUAGCAUGAGCCAGGCACCGACUGGCCGUGGCUGACUGACUUAAUAUGGGCACGUGUGAAACAAAUGGCACAUUUUUAUUCUUGUGUCUCUCUGUAUGCGCGUUAAUCAUAGUACACAAAGAUACCAAAGGUAAAAGAGUCAAAUUCAGUUUUGUUGUUUGUCAUUUAUGCAUCCUGAGUCCAGGCUGUUUGUAAGAACAUGCUAUUACUCCAGAAGACAGAUAACGUCAUUAAUUGUGCUGUUUGAUUUAUUAUUUGUGUGGUCAUAUUAUCAAUUUAUCAAGUACUUGCUCACUUAGUUAACUUGGCACGGUUCAAAAUUAGGAUGUCGCCAUGUUAGAAUGGUUAUUGCACUGAGGUCCAGUAAUUUCAAUGGAACAAAUUCCCUUAUUUUAAACACCUCAGCAUGUUUAUAAAGAAACAUAUAGUGAAAUGUAACAUUUUGGUUGGCACCAAAAACUAUAUAUGGAAUCAGUUUUGAAUGAGAACUGAAUGUGUUUGCAGCAAAACAGCAAUUAAGGAUAGAACAUGGGGGCUAAUUCUAUCUAAAAUAUAGUGUGGAUAGCAUCUCUAAAAAAAACAAACUAAAAAUCAUUUUAACUCUGCAAGUGUAUUGAAAUUGUAUAAGAAGGACUUUAUACAGGUAGAUCUCUUUCCAGUUGCUGCCACUUUGUUUUAAGGUUUUACAAGUGUGCUACCAAAUGUUGUGCAGGCUACUGUCAAUAAUGAGAUCUUGGUCUCUGCUUUCUAUUUUGUCUAAAAUAUAGAAGUAUUGAUGCACUUCUGUGUAGAGAUAGGCCAAAAACUCUCCUCCUAACAUGGAUUUAUAACAAAGCGGCACUAAAAGGACGGUGAUCUGUCUGUAAGGUUAUCUGUGGGAAUCCUGUCCACACUGUCAUUAUUGCAUUUUUUCAGGCUUAAAUAGAAAGUCAUUU